GUUGCGGUGACCGGUUCGAUUUUACACCGCCCGUCUUUCCUGGUCGUCGAGAAGAGUGGCUGCCCGUCCCGCUGGCUUUCUGGCAGCGCCAUGGCAGAGCUGGAGAGCCUGGAGUUCGGCAAAGCAGAUUUCGUGCUUCUCGACACCGUGUCUAUGCCGGAGUUCAUGGCCAAUCUCCGGUUGAGGUUUGAAAAAGGACGGAUCUACACAUUUAUUGGGGAAGUAGUUGUUUCUGUAAAUCCUUACAAGAAUUUGAAUAUCUAUGGCCGUGAUACAGUUGAGCAGUAUAAAGGGCGUGAGUUGUAUGAGAGGCCACCUCAUCUCUUUGCCAUCGCAGAUGCAGCAUAUAAAGCCAUGAAGAGGCGAUCAAAGGACACAUGCAUUGUAAUAUCAGGGGAAAGCGGAGCAGGUAAAACAGAAGCAAGUAAAUAUAUUAUGCAGUACAUAGCUGCCAUUACCAAUCAGAGUCAGAGAGCCGAAGUUGAAAGGGUGAAGAACAUGCUGCUGAAAUCCAACUGUGUUCUGGAAGCUUUUGGCAAUGCGAAAACUAACCGUAAUGACAACUCCAGCCGCUUUGGAAAAUAUAUGGAUAUCAAUUUUGAUUUCAAAGGAGACCCCAUAGGUGGACAUAUCAAUAAUUACUUGCUGGAAAAGUCCCGGGUAAUUGUGCAGCAGCUAGGAGAGAGAAACUUUCACUCCUUCUACCAGCUUCUUCAAGGAGGCUCUGAGCAGCUUCUGCGAUCUUUAUAUCUACAUAAAGAUUCAUCUGCAUACAGCUAUAUUAGUGCUGGAGUACAACCAAAGUGUGCCAUUAAUGACAGUGCAGAUUUCAAAGCUGUUGCUGAUGCGAUGAAAGUGAUUGGGUUUGGACCAGAAGAGAUUCAAACAGUGUACAAAAUCCUUGCUGCCAUUCUGCAUUUGGGCAACUUGAAAUUUUCUGUGGAUGGAGAAACACCAGUGAUUGAAAAUAGCAAGCUAGUAUCUGUCAUUGCGGAUCUGCUCUCGACUAAAGCUGAUAUGGUAGAGAAGACCCUGCUUUUUCGAACUGUAGCUACUGGUCGUGAUAUCAUUGAUAAGCAACACACAGAGCAGGAAGCCACUUAUGGCAAAAAUGCAUUUGCAAAGGCAAUAUAUGAACGCCUUUUCUGCUGGAUUGUGAUGCAUAUCAAUGAUGGGAUUGCAGUGAAAGAUUACAACAGCACCGUUCAUGGCAAAAACACAGUGAUUGGAGUUCUUGAUAUCUAUGGCUUUGAGAUCUUUGACAAUAACAGUUUUGAACAAUUCUGCAUUAACUACUGCAAUGAGAAGUUGCAACAGCUCUUCAUUCAACUUGUUUUGAGGCAAGAACAGGAAGAAUACCAGCGAGAGGGGAUUCCUUGGAAGCAUAUUGACUACUUCAACAACCAGAUUAUUGUUGAUCUUGUGGAGCUGCAACAUAAGGGAAUCAUAGCCAAUUUGGAUGAUGCGUGCAUGAAUGUUGGAAAAGUCACAGAUGAAAUGUUCCUGGAGGCUCUUAAUAAGAAGUUGGGCAAGCAUGCUCACUUUUCCAGCAGAAAGCUUUGUGCUACGGAUAAAAACCUGGAAUUUGAUAGAGACUUUCGGAUUAAGCAUUAUGCUGGAGAUGUUAUUUAUUCAGUCACAGGAUUCAUUGAUAAAAAUAAGGACACUUUAUUUCAAGACUUCAAGCGUUUGAUGUAUAACAGUUCCAACCCUGUGCUGAAAAAGAUGUGGCCAGAAGGCAAACUGAGUAUAACAGAAGUGACCAAGCGGCCAUUGACUGCUGCUACACUUUUUAAGAACUCAAUGGUUGCCUUAGUGGACAACUUGGCAUCCAAGGAGCCAUACUAUGUCCGUUGCAUUAAACCCAAUGACAAGAAGUCACCGCAGCUGUUUGAUGAAGAAAGAUGCAAGCAUCAAGUUGAGUAUCUUGGACUUCUGGAAAAUGUAAGAGUACGACGGGCAGGAUAUGCCUAUCGCCAAACAUAUGAAAAAUUUCUUCACAGGUACAAAAUAAUUCCUGAAUUUACUUGGCCAAAUCACAAACUACCAUCUGACAAAGAGGCUGUGAAGAAAUUGAUUGAGCACUGUGGGUUUCAAGAUGAUGUGGCAUAUGGAAAGACAAAGAUUUUUAUUCGCACACCACGAACACUCUUCACGUUGGAAGAAAUGCAUGCCAAGAUGCUUGAAUGGGUGGUUCUCUUUCUACAAAAGGUUUGGAGAGGUACAUUAGCUCGACUCCAAUACAAGAGGACCCGAGCUUCCCUGAAGAUUAUAAAGUGUUAUCGUCGAUACAAAGUAAAGUCUUAUAUCUGUGAAGUUGCCCGGCGAUUUCAAAAUGUGAAGUCUAUGAAAGAUUAUGGGAAGCAUGUGAAAUGGCCUAAUCCUCCAAAAGUUUUACGACGGUUUGAAGAAGCUCUACAUGCAAUCUAUUACAGAUGGAGAGCACAUGAACUAAUCAAAAGUAUCCCACCCAAAGAUUUGCCACAAAUCAAGGCAAAAGUGGCAGCAUUGGAGUUGCUUAAGGGCCAUCGAGGGGACAUUGGAUUACAAAGGAUCUGGCAGGGCAACUACCUUGCUUUGAAUCCUGGUAAUUCUCAGGCUAUGGGUUCAUUCACCUCUGUUACUUCUGAGCUGCAACGCAAGGACAAGUUCAUGAGAAUUCUUUUCUCAUCUCAAGUUCGUAAGAUAAACCGCUUCAAUAAGGUAGAAGAUCGAGCUAUUUUUAUAACUGACAGGCAUCUUUAUAAGAUGGACCCUAUAAAGUACUACAAAGUGAUGAAAACUAUCCCACUGUAUAAUCUAACAGGACUGAGUGUCUCUAAUGGAAAGGAUCAGCUUGUGAUUUUCCAUACAAAAGACAACAAAGAUCUAAUUGUUUGCCUUGUCAAUAUGCGUUCACUUAAUGAAAACAGAAUUGGGGAGCUGAUUGGAGUCAUGGCAGAUCACUUCAAAAGUGAAAACCGUCAUCUGCAAGUAAACGUCACUAACCCUGUCCAGUGCAGCAUGCAUGGGCGAAAAUGCAGCAUCUCAGUGAAAACCAAAAUUAACCAAUCAGAGCCAAACUUCAUCAAGGAUCGAACAGGUUUCAUCCUCUGGGUUCCUGAGAAUUAAUUUUACUCUUGUCGCUAAGCAUCCUUCCACAGUCUACUGAUGUCUUCAAACUUAGUGCCUUAAGUUUUAUGGAGGGAGGAGUAUGAAAGUAUUGGUCUGCGACACAAAUCUAGACAUUAUUAAUGAACUGAGAACUUGAAAUGCUUCCUCCAUUAAGCCAACUAUGAUUUUAAAUUAUUGUAUGAUCCACUGUGUACCAAAGUAGCUUUUAUUAAUGAAUUCUCCAGAUAUAUAAAAUUAUUGUAGAGCUAAUAGUUGAGACUGCAAUAGAGGAACCAAACGUUUGUAUGAGAAGAAACAGAAGGACCCACUCUGGAUUUACAAACACCAAAUCUUAAUUUAUAAAUGGGAGCUAUAUUUGGGGGGAAAGAGAUUUUCUAUAAGAUAGUUACAAGAGGCUGGAAAUUAUUUCCCUGAAAGCUACUCCAUCCCUUCAGUCUUUUUUCCAAGGAAGUUUCCUUUGACACUCUGUGUGUAUUCAGGUUGGGGAUUCAUUGUUUUGUUGGGUGGGUCCUAUUGUGCAACUCAAAGUCUUGUUGAACUUACACUGUAUUCUUAUAUAAUCUCUCGGUGGGUCUGGCUUUUAACAUAAACCGGAGACUGUGAGUUCUAAUUCCACCUUAGCCAUGAAAGCAACCUUGGUGACUUUGAGCCAGUCUCUCUCCCCCACCCCUCUCCCCCCCCUUCCCCCCCCCCUCCUCUCUCUUCAACUCACUUCAUAGGUUGUUGAGAGAAAAAUAGGAGAAGGGGUGGGAUAUGUCCGCUGCCUUAUUUGUAAAAAUAAUAAAGGUUACAAAUUUUAAAAAAAUAUGUUUCCCAUCCCCCCCUUUCCUUUCAGUAUUCAGCUUGGCUCAGAUUCUCAAUGAUUGAUUGUUGAUGGCACUCCAAUUGCAAGCAUUGGAGCCCAAAGGUUGGGCCAGUAUAUCAUUAAUGUGCUUUGAGCAGCUGGCAUUAUUCUGGCCAGCUUAGACUUGUAGUUGCCUUUUGCUGCUUGUACAGCCCUCUGCUGAGGUGUAGUUAUAGCCUUGUUAACAGGCCUUUGUUUCUUCUUGUGCCCCCCCCCCAAAAAAAACACAUGUCUUCAAACAUUGAUGGAGAGCAUCUUAAGGGAGGAGAUUGCUAUUUUGGGCCGUUUAAAGGUAAAUAGUUGUAAACCUGACACUGCUGGACAGGUCAGGACUUAAGUAACUAUAACUGCACGCAACCUAAGAAUAAAGCAAUGAUGGUAGAGCUAAUUGCUUCAGUAAGCCUGUUUUUGUUUUAAGUGUGAGAAGGCAGCAUUUACCAUUUCUGUGAGCUGGGGCACAAAAUGGCAAACAAAUGUUGCUUAACUAGCUAGUUAGAAGAAGUCCUGCUUGCUUCUGAGUCAUUCUUAAAUAUGGCUCAUUUCCUAAAUAGGAUUAUCUGCCUCUGCCCAAGAUGAGUUACUGCUCUUCUUUUCAAAUUAGCUUUUCAAUGAACGUUAUUACUAUCUCUAUGCCUUUCUUUUCCCUUUCUUUUUCCAUUGAUGAGCCCAAUCUUCUAGUAUCUCCAAGUGCUCUUAAAAGGACUUCUUCAACCAAGUGCCUUCCAGGUAGGGAAUCUCAUUCUAAAUCCCAUGAUUCCCAGCCCAAAACCAUCAGGCUGUUAUUUAGGCAGAAUGAAAUACAGGGCAGGUAGAACUUACAAGCAGAAUAUGAGUUGCCUUGGAAGAUCAAUGUAACUGUAGAAAUCUCUUCAUGUGUUCUCUUCUCCAUAUCCCCCCAAAUGGCAGCACAUUCAUGAUGGAAAGCAAGCGGUAGAGCCUAAUCCUCCAUUCCAACCAAAAAGCAAGCUAGCUUUUGAUCAGUCCAUCCAGCUAGACUGAGUAUCUGGUCCUAUCUCUACUACCAAUAGAGAAAUGGAUUGCCUAAAAUCCCUGGUUGCCUUCAAGCGUUUAGUUUCAAAGCAGCUAAAUUAGCCUCAGAAGAUAUAAAAUUAGCACUUUUAUUUAAUAUCCCAAAAUAAAGGCUGGAUUUGAAUGAUGACCAAAUUUAUGAAAACUGUAUGAAAGAUGAAAUCUUUCCAUACCAAGAUACAAAUCUAUUAAGUUGAUUACAUAAUGUGUAAUGAAGUAUUUUGAUUUAAAUGAAUUAACAGUAUUUCUUUCUUUCUUGAUUUGUGUGUAUGGUUGUUGGGGGAGCAGAUACAUUAUUCUGUUUGAUUUUUUUAAAAAGGUAGUUUCUGCUACCAAAACAGGAAGAGGAAAUUCCUCCUCCACAUUGUGCUUUGCAGAGCACCCAGUCAGCAGGGGAGCCUAGAGAACUGGGCAAGGGUUUCCAGACGGAAGAAACUCUUAAGUGUAUGAGCUGCUCAUAUGAUACUGGAUUCUACCUUAUAUGUGUAUUUCUGGAUCUUAUCUAUAAAUUAACUAUUUCUUAAUUGUAUGCCUGAUCUUUUAAGAAUGAGGUAAUCAUGUAAUUAAUAUUUUUAAAUAGUUUACACAGAAAUGUGGACACAAGUACUAUUCAUAAUGAAGAUGUAUUUUUGUUUACGUAAUUGAAAUAAAAGGACUAUCAUUUA